UUUUUUAUUUAUUUUUUAUAACGAUAAUUUUAAAUAUUUUUUAUUUAUUUAUUUAUUUUAUCAUCAUAAAAUAUUUAUUUUAAAAUUAUUAUUAUUUAAUAUUAACAUAGCAAUUUUAUAAUUUAUAGUUUAAAAAAAAUAAAUUAAUAAUAUAUAUAAAAAAGAAAAAUGAUUCUUCAAGUUAGAGUUAAAUUUCCAUCAGAUUACCCAGUAAUUUAUAAAACUAUAAGAUUAGAUAACUCAUUAACGGUACAAGAAGCUAUAUUGGCAAUUGGGGAAGCCAUUAAUGUAACCCCAUCAUCAGAUUUAGGUUUAUUUUUACCAGACGAAGCUAAAUGUUUAGCAGAUACCUCAUUACUUUCAUCAUACGAGCAGUUUCAAAACGCUUCAUAUAUAGAAUUAAAGUCUAAAAAGUCUGCUAAAGGUGACAAUAGUAACUGUUGUACUAUUAUGUAAAAUUUAAAAAUAUAAAUAAAUAAAAAAACAAAAAAAAAAUAAAAACAAAAAAUUAUAAAAAUUUAAAAAAAAAAAACUAUUUAAUCAUAAACCAAUCAUUUUUUAAUAUAUAUAAUAAUAAUGGUAUCUAUUUUAAAUAAAAUAUAUCGAAUUUAUAAAAUUAU